AUGGCCACCCUUUACAGCUCCAGAUCGCACUCCGAAAACACGGAAAAGAUUGCAGCGGACAUCACUGCAGUCCACAAGGCGCAAAGACCCGAGAACUGGACUGUUAUACUUGUCUCAGGCGCCUGGCACGUCAGGUUCCACUGCGAGCCGCCCACACCCUAUUUCAAAGAUGCCGGCUACAACUACAUCCCAUUACCACUACCCGCAGCUGGUGGCAAGACGAGCACACUAGAAGAAAACCUCUCGGCAAUCUCCUCAACCAUUGCUUCCGAGCUCAACAAGCCUGGUCAACAAAUCGCAAUCAUCUUGCAAUCCGCAGCAGGACUGAUAGGCACAGAGGCCAUCAACCGCAUCCUAGCCUCCCAGCCGUCCGCGGCUGAACGCAUUCGCAUCAUCUACCUAGCUGCGAUAUUCGAGUACGGCCCCAUUGUAACUCACCUUGCUUCAGCAGGACACCUCCGAAUUGAUGAUAAGUUUGAAAGCUUUUGGUGCGAUACAGGCUACGAAGCGUUCUAUCGAGACGAUAUGACCGAAGCUGAAGCUCAGCCUUAUGUAGAGGCGCUGACAUUUCAGAAGAUGAUUGGUGCAACCUUGAAUCUUAGUUCGGAGGCUUGGAGAGCUUGCGAUUUGACGUCUGUCGUUUGUUUGAAGGAUAAGGUGGUUCCGUUGGAGUGGCGUUUCAAGUUGGCAGAGGAGUAUGGGAUGAGGAUUGUGCAGAUGGAUACCGGACACUGUCCCUUUGUCACCAGGCCGCGGGAAUUCGCUGAGAUGGUCGACGGUGUAGUGAGGGAGGGCAUGAAGACGAAGACCGUGACAUAG